AACUCAACGGUUUCUUUGCUUACCCUCUUAUAAUAAGUCUUAUACUCUCCGAAACAAUUGGCGCUUAUGUCUCAUCCUUUUGAAACACAUCACAAAAAUGUUUUCAUUCCAUUAUGUUUCCUAAAACAAAAAUUAAAGAAAAUCAUAUGAAAAAAAAAAUUUUAAACUCAAACACCCAGUUUUUGUUUUGAAUUAAACUCGAAGACCCAGAUUUUGUUUUUGUGUUUUUGUUAUGAAUCAUUGUCAUUUUGACAGUUUAAUUUAAGAGUACAUUGGGGAAAAUUUUUGACAUUUAUUUUCUUACUUAAUUUAUAAGUAACCUAAUGAAUGAAAGCCAACUUGGGGAUGAUCGUAGCGGUGCCACCUCUCCUGACAACUCCGUUAAGAAUGACAAGAAAAAGAAGUUCAAUAUUCCAAAGAUUUUUUCUUCUAAGAGACGAGGUAGAGGAGGCUCAGACGAUGAUUUUGCAUCAUCAGAGUGUGAUACAAUUUCUGCUGGUAUCAAUUUGGAGAAGAAGAUUGCAUCAAGGAACAAGGACCUUUUAGAAGCCUCUUCUUACAUAAGGAGGAGUUUCAUGGAAAGAAAGGAAAGUGGUGGGCUGCUCGAAGGGCUGAAUCUCUCGAAUUUCGAGUGUUCCAUGGCAUCAAUGACUGAAAUUCGAGAUUUCCGGAUAUUUGUUGCAACCUGGAAUGUGGGAGGGAGGACACCCAACAGUGACAUGAACUUGGAAGAUUUCUUGCUAAUGGAGCACUCUGCAGAUAUAUAUGUUUGUGGGUUUCAGGAAAUUGUUCCACUCAAUGCUGGAAACAUUCUAGUAAGUGAAGACAAUGAGCCUGCUGCAAAAUGGUUGGCCCUUAUAAACCAAGCACUUAACAAGCCACAUCACAGUUCUAGUAAUUCGACUCCGGACUCUGGCAAUGAUUUGAAAAACUUCAAUACUAAUGUCUCCAAGGAGUCGAAAUCUCCGACCAAUGCUCAUAUUUUUGACAAACCUGUGCUCAAAGUCCUGAAUAAGAAUUUCAGGGCUGGGAGUAGCCUUCUCAAGACUUGCAACUGUCCUACUGAUUCCACAAGUGGGGAGAAUCGAAGGAAAAAGACGGUUCAAGAUUUAGCAAAUGAACUAGACCUUGGUUCGAGAUAUAAUAUCGGUGAGUUGGUUUCGCUCUCUGAUAUGUUCCCACUUUGUUCAAUUGAGGAGAUGAAUUACCGCCUUAUAGCGAGCAAACAGAUGGUUGGACUGUUCCUGUCGGUGUGGGCUCGAAAGGAGUUGGUACCGUACAUUGCUCAUGUCAGAGUAUGCUCUGUAGGAAGAGGAAUAAUGAAACGCCUUGGUAACAAGGGAUGUAUAGCGGUAAGCAUAUCGUUGCACCAAACGAGCUUUUGCUUCGUGUGCAGUCACUUAGCUUCCGGUGAGAAAGAAGGCGAUGAGAUCAAGAGGAAUGCUGAUGUUUCUGAGAUCCUCAAAGGCAUACAGUUUCCCAUCAUUUGCAAAACUCCGAAUCAUUUAGCCCCAGAGAAAAUUAUUGAGCAUGACCGAGUAAUAUGGCUCGGGGAUUUGAAUUAUCGGGUAGCGUUAAGCUAUGAAACAACCAAGAGCCUGUUGGAGGAUAAUAACUGGGACACCCUUCUGGAGAAAGAUCAGUUAAAUAUGGAGAGAGAAGCUGGGAGAGUAUUCGAUGGUUUCAAAGAGGGACGGAUACUCUUUGCUCCUACUUACAAGUAUUCACAAAAUUCGGAUUCAUACGCCGGAGAAAAUGGCAAAUCCAAGAAGAAACGCCGAACGCCUGCAUGGUGUGAUAGGAUACUAUGGCGCGGUUCUGGCAUCGAGCAAUUAUCUUAUAUUCGUGGAGAAACAAGAUUUUCUGAUCACAGACCUGUUUCUUCUCUCUUUUCUGUCGAGGUACAAGUAAAAAGGAAACAUGAUACCAGGUUCAGGAAAGGUUAUUCCUGUGGUGUCAGGAGAUUCGAGUACGACGCAUGUAUACCUCGAAGGCAUAGUUUCUAUGAUUACUAACUGAAAACCUUCAAUUUGCUUAUUUUGAUUUAUAGAUCAUUAAGUUUUUCACUUGUAUUUGUUUUCCUCUAAAAUACAUACAUACAUGCAUUACAUACAUCUAUUGAUGUAAA